GCGGGUCUGGCAACACCUAAAUAUUGUCGCUCAGCCCGACUGUGGCCCCGUUCCCACUUCGCCACUACCACUGCUGUUCUACGCACGCCCGCACCUGUUCACGCGCGCUCUCCGUCGAUUUUCUCGCUCCGUCAACCAUGACCACGAUGGCGAUAGACCUAACUGCGACCUGGCUCGUCCAGGCCCUCCGCCCUGGCUCGGUCCCCGCAGAGGUCUGGUCUGUCAUUAACUGGAUCGCCUUCUGUUUUAAAUUAGCCAGCCUCGCAUUCUUUAUACCCUUCGCGAGUUUGAUCCUCUUCGACUUCUGCCUUUGGAUUUGGCGGCUGAACCAGCCCCGGCCGCGAGACGCGCCACGGCCGAGCCGCAUUGUGCGCGAGCCUCCAAAGCAGGAUGCAAGAUUGACUGCUUCUGCCUCGCCAAGUGGCCCCGGCUCUACCACCGCUUUCGAUACCAACCGAGCUACGGGUCAGAGACUGAGGAGCCGCCCAGGGCACUCGAGCAGCUGGUGAAGAGCGUUGAAAAUAUUACGCCAACAAUCACAAGAAUCCGACGACAGCAGAUAGCCGCAGUGGCAUAGAAGGCCGCAGCAAGGCGGAGUAAUAAUACCGUUAGAUUUGCAUAUCAGAUUUGGUU